CAUCCCUGGCCCCUGGCGGGAGUGGAGGGGCGGGAGCCGCUGCUGGCGGAGGAGCCUGCUCCGGGCCGGGCCCCGCCGGGUCGGGUCGGGGUGGUCAGGGCACAGGCCUCGGGUCCAGGCGGUGGUGGGCAGCGCCUGAGAGCCUCUGGAGAUGAACCCUUGGAGAGGCUGCAGGCGGUGCUGAAGGCUUCCAGGAUGUUUUCCCAGUGCCCCCUGAGGUGUGUGAGCUCCACGGUGCUGGUUGCUCUUCUCUGCUGCCUGCUUUCUCCUCCAGCAGAAGCCAGCAAGAGCUCGGAGGACAUCCGCUGCAAGUGCAUCUGUCCCCCGUACCGCAACGUCAGCGGCCACAUCUACAACAGGAACGUCUCCCAGAAGGACUGCACCUGCCUGCACGUGGUGCAGCCCAUGCCGGUGCCGGGCAGCGAUGUGGAAGCCUACUGCCUGCUCUGCGAGUGCCGCUACGAGGAGCGCAGCACCACCACCAUCAAGGUGAUCAUCAUCAUCUACCUGUCGGUGGUGGGGGCCCUGCUGCUCUACAUGGCCUUCCUGGUGCUGGUGGACCCCCUGCUCCGCAAGCCAGAUGCUUACACCCAGCCCCUGCACAACGAGGAGGAGAGCGAGGACACUCGGUCCCUGGCCGCAGCCCCCGCGGUGCCCGGGGCCAGGCCCCACACGGUGCUGGAGCGGGUGGAGGGGGCACAGCAGCGCUGGAAGCGGCAGGUGCAGGAGCAGCGCAAGACUGUGUUCGACCGGCACAAGAUGCUGAGCUAGGCCAGGCUGAGCCCCCUGCCCCCAGGGCACCCCUCAGGGCACCGUGGUGUUGGACUGCAAGCUCUGACCCUCUGCUUUGCUGUCUCAGAGACAGAAGCAGGCCCAGUGCUGCUCUGCUGUCCUCCUCUUGCCCCUCCUCUCUCAGCCCUUGCUGCCCUGUGGCUGCGUGGCAGUGCUGGUGCUGCCCCAGUGCUGCUUGGCUGCACCCAGCAGGCACCACUUGCUGGGGCUCAUGUCCCCAGCAGCCACCCCUGCCAGGCACCACUUGCUGGGGCUCAUGUCCCCAGCAGCCACCCCUGCCAGGCACCACUUGCUGGGGCUCAUGUCCCCAGCAGCCAGCCCUGCCAUGCACAGGGGUCCUGGUGCCGAGUGCUGGGAGCUGCCUGAGUCCUCCUGGGAUAAAAGCAGUGGGAUCACAUUUAUCACUGUGGGAUAAAUGACCUGAGGCUGCUCCAGAGCAGCUCUUUUUCCUCUUCCUCCUCAUC